GGAAGUCGCUCAGUGGAGCCAAUUUUGAAGCGUUCAGAGGCGGGAAGUCGGGGGCAGCCACGAAGCUGGAUUAGUCGCGGUUUCCUUGGCGACCUGGGCCCCUAGAGUCCAGUCAUCAUGCCUAUCCGUGCGCUGUGCACCAUCUGCUCCGACUUCUUCGACCACUCGCGCGACGUGGCCGCCAUCCACUGCGGCCACACAUUCCACUUUCAGUGCCUAAUCCAGUGGUUUGAUACAGCACCAAGUCGGACCUGCCCACAGUGCCGAAUCCAGGUCGGCAAAAGAACCAUUAUCAAUAAGCUCUUCUUUGACCUUGCGCAGGAGGAGGAGGAUGUCUUGGAUGCAGAAUUCUUAAAGAAUGAACUGGAUAAUAUCAGAGCCCAGCUUUCCCAGAAAGAAAGGGAGAAACGGGACAGCCAGGUCAUCAUCGACAGUCUGCGGGACACACUGGAAAAGCGCAACGCCACUGUGGAAUCUCUGCAGAAGGCCUUAGACAAAGCUGAAAUGCUGUGCUCCACCCUCAAGAAACAAAUGAAGUUCUUGGAGCAGCAGCAGGAUGAGACCAAACAGGCGCGGGAGGAGGCCCGCCGACUCAGGAGCAAGAUGCAUUCCAUGGAGCGGAUUGAGCUCCUACUCCAGAGCCAGAGGCCCGAGGUGGAGGAGAUGAUUCGAGACAUGGGUGUCGGACAUUCAGCGGUGGAGCAGCUGGCUGUGUACUGUGUGUCCCUCAAAAAAGAGUACGAGAAUCUAAAAGAGGCUCGGAAGGCCUCAGGAGAGCUAGCUGAUAAGCUGAAGAAGGACUUGUUUUCUUCCAGAAGCAAGUUGCAGACAGUCUACUCUGAACUGGACCAGACCAAAUUGGAGCUGAAAUCGGCCCAGAAGGACUUACAGAGCGCUGACAAGGAAAUCGCGAGCCUGAAAAAAAAGCUAACAAUGCUGCAGGAAACCCUGAACCUGCCGCCAGUGGCCAGUGAGACUGUCAACCGCCUGGUUUUAGAGAGCCCAGCGCCUGUGGAGAUGCUGAAGCUUCGCCGGCCAGUCUUCAGUGAUGAUAUCGACCUCAACGCCACCUUUGAUGUGGACACCCCGCCAGCCCGGCCCUCCGGCAUCCAGCAUGGCCAGGCCAAGAAGCUCUGCACAGAGAAGACACACUCUUCUGUUCAGGACAUUCCCAAGAAAGUGCCCAAAGGCCCCAAGCAGGAGUCCCAGCUCUUGCUGGGUGGCCAACCCUGUGCGGGAGAACUGGAUGAGGAGCUGGCUGGCGCCUUCCCCGUCUUCAUCCGGAACGCUGUCCUGGGCCAGAAACAGCUCAAAAAGCCCAGGGCAGAGCCCUGUCACAGCACAGAUGCAGUAAGGACAGGUUUCGAUGGUCUUGGAGGCCGGACAAAAUUCAUCCAGCCUACUGACACAACUAUGAUCCGCCCACUGCCUGUUAAGCCCAAGGCCAAGGCUACGCAGAGAGCGGGGGCCAAGAAAAUGCUCCUCCCGCCAUCCCAGGCCAAGCUGGACACCUUCCUGUGGUCGUGAGACCAGUGAGUCUGGUCAAUGGCCAGAUACCUGCCUCCGACUCACAGGCCAAAGACUGGCUCAGUCGGGGCCUGAGGUCAUGGCACCUGUUCCAGGAACAGCCUCGAGAGCAAUGAGAGGCAAGAAGAUGGGGCUGAGGGUGAGGCCCAGAGAUGGCGCUUUCGCUACACUUACCCUGCCCCACCCCCACCAUACUGGGCUGACCUGUGGGAGCUGCGACCAGCUCACUGUUCUGUGUCAGGGCUUGCUCCUGUUCAUGGCCAUGACCAGAUGUGGUUGGGCUGCUGCUGAUCCUCCAGACCGGGGUCAUUUGUUGGACCAAAGGGCUUGAGGCUUCUCAGGCAGCUUCUGCCUGCCUCCGACUUGCUGCUAGGCAUGGCCUGGGCCAAGCAGAAUGGGGAAUGGGGGAUGGUUGUGGGGGAGAA